UUUACGUCAUCAUUGCCCCGGUCCGCGUUAUUGUUUACAUGUGUUUAUAAGUGUACCGCCAGAUGUGCCUUACGUGUGUAGCCAGGUAGCUAAAGGUUAAUUGCGAAGCUGUUCGAUGUUAGUUUAACACUACACUCUGCUGCUGUGGCGCGAAAUGUGUGAAGAACAGACACACGACGGGUUUUAAUGGGAUGUGAUUGUAUUUCAGCAACGUACCAUCACAUAUUCGUAACGUAACGUCUCGCUCCCGUUUUAACUCUAUUAGCUAAUUGUGUGUUUAAACGUGAUGUGAGGGUAGAAAUGCGAUGACGAAAACCAUCUUAUCCUCUGGUAUUGCCCUGUGUCGGUUUUCAUUCCAUCCGGAUGCUCUCCCUGACUGUGGCACAUCUCUCCAUUGUCACCUGAUUACAAGAAGAUAUUGUCACCGAGGUUGAAGGGAAUAUACUUUGUUUUACCGCCUGCAACGACAACGUGUAAGAAUAACGGACAAACAUGCUGAUAAGCAUAUGUACAGAAAGUAACAUAUGAAAAACGGAACCGAAAGUUGGUCCAUCGUCAGUCAGCUAUAUCCACCUCCUCCCACGUACGAAAAAGUUCGUGUGUCUAGUUAUUUCAGCUGUUUUGAGCUAAUGUAGGCGCGUGUUGAGAUUUUCGUUUAGACUGUUCUGUCGUCUUCAACGAGUCAUAAUGUCGGACACAGAGAGGCCUCUGCCAGCCCUCAGGAAGCUCAGCUAUGCGGUGGGACACUUUCUGAACGACCUGUGUGCGUCUAUGUGGUUCACAUACCUACUAGUUUUCUACCACUCAGUGCUGGGAUUCCGAAAUACUAAUGCGGGUGUGUUGCUGCUGGUUGGGCAGAUAGCUGAUGGUAUUUGUACGCCUCUCAUUGGAUAUGAGUCCGACCGAACCCCUGGCUGUGGAAACUAUGGCAAGAGGAAGACCUGGCAUUUAGUUGGCACACUGAGCGUGGUGCUGUCUUUUUCCUUCAUCUUCAACCAGUGUCUGGGCUGUGACUCCCUCACCCCUCAGUGGGCCAGCCUGACCUACUUCAUCCCCUUCAUCAUCGUCUUUCAGUUCGGCUGGGCCGCCACGCAGAUCUCCCACCUAUCUCUUAUUCCAGAGCUGGUCACCUGUGAGCAUGCUAAAGUAGAACUCACUGCAUACAGGUAUGCGUUCACAGUGAUAGCCAACAUCACAGUGUAUGCAGUGGCCUACCUGCUGUUCCAUGUGCAGGCCAGCGGGGAUGAUGACCCACUCAGUGAUGCACUCGGACCAGUAGAUAUCCCCAUCUUCAGGAAUCUGGCGUUGAUCGUGCUGGGCAUCGGCACUCUCUUCUCAAUCUUCUUCCACCUGGGAACCACAGAGCAGAGGCCUGGAGCUACAGGGGAGGCUGGAGGAGAGGAGGCGAGGAGGAAGAGGAUGGAGCAGGAGGAGGAGGAGGAGGAGGGGGAGCAGAGGCCCCUGCUUCCGCGUGCCAAGACCUCCCCAUCUCUUCUUCAGUGGAAAUGUUGGCUGCAGCAGCCUUCUUUCUACCAGGUGGCCUUACUCUAUAUGUCCACCAGGUUGAUAGUGAAUCUGUCUCAGACCUACAUCUCAAUGUAUCUCAUUAACACUCUGGGGCUGCCAAAGAAGUUCAUAGCGACAAUCCCUUUAGUGAUGUACCUGAGUGGCUUCUUGUCCUCCUUCAUUAUGAAGCCUCUCAGUAAACUAAUUGGAAAAUGUCUGACCUACUUUGUGGGCCUGCUGCUCAUCAUGGCCUUCUCCUACUGGGUGCUGCUGGACGACAGGAUGGGGCAGCAGGUGUAUGGGGCAGCUGUUCUGCUGGGGGCAGGCUCAGCCACCAUCCUGGUCAUAUCGCUCUCCAUGACCGCUGAGCUCAUCAGCGAUCAGACGCAAAGUGGAGCAUUUGUUUAUGGAGCCAUGAGUUUCACUGAUAAGUUGGCUAAUGGAGUGGCUGUGAUGAUCAUUCAGGCUGUACAUCCUUGCCAUACGGUGGUGUGUUGUCCAGCCUGCGUGUGGUUCUAUCAUUACAUCAUGGUCAUAGUGACGGGAGGCGUGGCUGUUAUAGCAGCUUUGGCUCUCUGCUCCAUCCUCAUCUGGCCAAUCAGGAUCAGACCACGUGGUCAGGCAGUCAUCUCUGACGAUGCAGGCAGAGUCAACUAAUAGCCUCUCCCCCACCCUUCUUCAAACUGACUCCAGUGCAGUAGAACAGAGAAACACAAACCCUGAACGUGCCUGAACUGGACACAAAGACCUUUCACUUUUGUUUCCUCUUAAGAUUCAUUUUUCGAUUUUCAGGGAAAAGCACCAGGGGAAUUCCUGAGUGGCUGCUCCACUGGUGCACUUAACUAUGGCAGAUGUAGCAGUUGUGCUAAAAUUACAGGAUUAAACAGGAGACCAGAGGGAGAUUUUUUUUUUUAGGUUUCCAAAAACUGACAGUUUUAGCCAUUUAUAACCUAGACCUUGUUUUUCCAUCAUUUUCCAAAACAUCUUUUGACCAAUCAGGAAGCAGUAAUCACAAACGUCAGGAUAGUAUUAGUUCAUUGCAGUGGUGAGUGCUGAGUAGUUUCAACAGGCAGUAGUUGUCCAAACUCAUCCAGGCUUCAUCCACUGAAAACUCAUCAGAGGCUGAGAGUACUGCUGGCACAGUUUAUUUCAGAUACAGACAGUAUAACUGCUGUAGUGAGUAUAAUGUCUCCUACCUCUGGCUCUGGUUUCACUAACACAGUGACUCUACAGUCUUACUGUAGGUUGAUACUAGUGCUGAUUACAGGGAACAUGUAUUCAUAUGAAAUAAGAACCUCAGUAAUGAACAUGUCUCAUCCUACAUUUAUGGAUUUGAAUUUAGGUUCUUUGAAUGUGUAUCCAGAUUGGAUAUUAUACAAUAAGUAGCCAUUGCUUUAUAUAACUUUAUAUAUAAUUAUAUUUAAUUUGUCCCUACACAGUGUCCAACUGUAGUUAUAUUUUCUGGCCACACUUUGUUGCCAUUAGAUUUGUACAGAAAUCUAAUAUUGAGUCAGAGACACUUACAGCAGUGAGCAGCGGUUGGAUGUGAUGUUAGUGGAGCUCUCAGCUGCACUGAUGAUUUUCCUGGAGAACCUGAGGUGUUUGAUCCAGAUGUUGGCUGUAAACUAGCAAACAGACGGACCGAUCAGGUCCAGGCUCAGCCUCUGACUGAUCUUGAAACCUCACUUCUUUCUGUCGCCUCCCUCCAGUCUCUCUUUCUCCUCUUCUCUCUGGAUGUUUAUGAAGUAAGUUUCAUGAAGCCCAGGGAUACAGGCAAAUUUUCAACUCUGGUCACACACACUGCUCCAGGCAAAACUGUGUCUAACUGUGUCUCUACAGUGAAUUUGUGAGCAGUUUGUGCCACCUCUAAAAUUUUACACAAAUCUUCAUGUCUCCAGAACUGUACAGUCUCACACAUAUUUCUAUUAAAGUGCAGUAAAGCAGUCAAAACAAUGAUGACAGUUUCAUAGAACUCUGGAAAAUGAUGAGAAAACAGCGUCCAGGAUGAAAAUGUCUUUAGUUAAACUUUAUUUUCUUGCAUGUCUGCUGAGACGAUGCAGAGCAGGAGAGGAAAGAAUGGGAACACACUGUCACAGAUACUUGACAUGAGUGUAGACGCAGCUCACCUCAAGUGGAUCACUCUCCAUGACAAAGUGAACUGUGGUCAACAUCUGAUGAGGGACAUCAGAGCCAAAAACCAGAUGAUGAACCAGAUACAGUGUGUGGUGUAUUCAGGUGAUCCAGCUGAGAAACACCAAAGAAGAAGCAUGGACCAUUUUAAAUCCAGUUGAUGUCCUGUCAGUGUUGGACAGUAUCAGCUUGUUAGUGACAGUGGAAAACUACAUUCCAGAGUGGAAUGCUUCAUUAAAGGGUCAGUGCACUACAUUUUCCUCUUCUAAAGGACACAUUGAUAAACCACUACAUUUACAGUCGCACAGUCAUGAUGAGGAGGAGAAUGAAGGCCUUGCUGCAACGCACACAUCGUUUUUAAAUAAGAACUGUACCUUGCACUUGUCUUUGAAUGUUACUGUGGAAGCAAAAACAGCCAGAAAAUCAGCAGGUUCAGCUUCUCUCAGUUGACUGAGAGGCAGUCACCUCACUGGCUGUUGAGUCAGUCUGCUAACAUCAUGCAUGAGAGUAAAGUGUCAGUCAUUGGAGCUUUACAGUUUUAAUAGAUUUAAAACGUGUGCUGUGUUCCAGUGGACACGAUGGACACUUUUCUUUAAUAUGAAGAAUGGUUUUAUUUGAAUCAUUUUAUUUUACCUCUUUAUAUUCAGGCCAAAUGGAAAAUGAACAGAACAAAUACUUUUUCAUAAUCAAAAGAAACUUGAACUGCAGAAUGAUAUUUGAUAUAUGUCCAGACUUUAAAGGGAUCAAUAUUAUCAAUACUAUAGUGUGUAUUUAUAUAAUAUGUGACUAUGAAUAUAAGGGAAUCACACUGGUUACUAAUCAGAGUACUGAUGUUUGACUGGGAACUGUGGGAAAUCUUCUGUGUUCGCUUCCAGUUCAGUACUAAAGAAGUUUUCUGUCACGUUUCCAUCAGUGUUCUACCAAAGCUCUCUGACAAAUGAUCACUCAUCUCACUUUCGCUAACUUUAUUUUUAUGUCCCUUUUUUAUAUCUUCCCUGCCCUGAUGACUACUGUGAUUCUGGUGUUGUUUUAUAAAGGGACACUCAUUAAAUAAGUUUCAUGUGGCACAACAGAAAA